CACUUUAAACCCACUCCCACCUACAGCCUGAGAGGAGGUGGAGGCGCCGAGCGGAAAAAAUUGAGCGGGCCGGCGGCGCGGCGCGGCGGCUGACUCCUCUGCUCGUCCGAUCGAGCUCGGUUCGUCGGGUGAGCGCCGUACGUCCCCCCUUCUCAGCGCGAAUCUUCUCCGCUCGUGGCGAUUUCCGAUGGAUUUGUGUCGGCGGUAGGCGCCGAUCCAGCGAAGUAGUUGCGGGUGACGAGCUGUUCUCCGAUUGGGUCCCCGCGCGGGUUCCUCGACGAUCCUGAGGCGGAAUUCGUUCAUUUCUAGCCAGAUUCGCCGUCGAUUCGGUGCGGCUACCUUAGGAAUUGGGAAUCAGGGGCAUCUGUGCGUGAGCUGUCCUGCUCGUUCGUGGUCUAGCUCGCGGGCGGGUCUCCGGCUUGAUCCGUCCUACGGUUGCUGAGGGCCGUGGUGAUGAUCCCCGGCUGUGGGAUUCAGCAACUCGUUAGGUUUAUCCCCCGAUUUUGUUACUGCUCGUGGUUUCAGUUCACUACCCCGGAUGGGACUUUUUUUAGUUCAAAUUUCGUCACGAACGAGUGGUUGGAUUUUGCAUUGUUGGCCCUCGGUAGUUUUGUGGAGACGGUCCAAAGUUUGAUCUGAGCAUCGAUGUCCUGGAUUUAUGUAUACUGCAAAGAUGGUCACAGGGUAAAAAUGCUUGCUUAUAGUAGACACUUGACAGAUAGUUUGUGGUAAAAGUUGAUCCUGUACUCCUAUAUAUAGUAGACGCUUGAGAUAGACUAGGAUAUAUGUUCUGGCUUGUCUUGUACUCGAAGUUGAUCCUGUACUCCUAUAUAUACGCCCACGAGGCUCAAGCAAUAAAUCAAUGAUUCCACCAAUCCUUUAUGUCCCUUCUAACAGUAAUGUGUCGCAUUUUAUCAAUCGGCAAAGCCAAGUGGGGGGUAUUUGCUCAAUUGCGGAGAAAGAAGGGCAUUUUGGCCAGGGCAGAGCUAACAUGGGACAUUUUUGUCAACUAUUAGCCUUGAAGUUUUGGUGAGAGAAGGGAGUACAACCGUGCAGGGAGUGGUUCAUGGCGGCCGUGGCGCGCGGCCAACGGAGAAGGAGCCGUGCUCCCGGGGCUGCCUCCGCCGCUGCGGCUGAAGACGACGGGGAGGAGCAGCACCUCAACCCCUUCCUCUCGGACGCGGCACCCUCUUCCUCGAGAGUCCAGUUCAGGAACGUCGCGUCGCGGGCGCGGUGGGUGGAGGAGGCUGGUGCGGCAGAGGUGUUGGACAACAAGGGGAAGCUCUGGCUGACCACUGGCAUAGCACGGGGCGGCAAGCUCUACUACAAUGUGGAGGAGAUCGGGUUCUUGGCAGAAAGAGGGGCAUUGGUUCUUCUCGAUGACAAGGAUGAAACAGUUGGAAUGGAGGAGAUUUAUGGAAAGAUUGCAAGAGGAAGUUAUGGGUGCUCCUGGGAUGCCUUCCAAGCUUACAGGCACUUGAAGUUGCUUGGCUACAUUGUUGGACGAUAUGACGUUCCCUGGACAAUGAAGCAAAUCCGUUCUGGUGACAUCACUAAUUCCCCCGACAGUAUGGAUGGCACAAGCCAGAACUUUGGUAAAGCCAAUGGUGCCUGCAAUGACAUUACCAAAUUGCUGAAAGGAAUGCUCAUAGAUGGGAUGUAUCCAACCUUUAAAGUGCAUCUACCAAAUAGCAAAUUUAAGAAGUCGUCCCCAGGAGUCCCUAGUUUUCUUGUAUGUCUGUUAAGAGACAAGCCACCUCCAAGGGAUGAACUUGAAACGGUGGAGAAUAAGUUUGGCGGCAUCCCUCUUAAAUUCUGUCAAGUUGAUAAUGGGCGUGUCAGCUUCCUCUCCUUCGAUAAAGUUACACUUCCUAGUUUGCCCUGAUAGACAACUGCAGGAAUGGUUUUUAGCUUUCGCCUGUUCUGUCCUGUAAAGCUCCGACUGGCUGCAUCAGGAUGUCUGCUUCUGUGCCGCUUCUCAGGGCCGAGAAAGUUGCCAGGUUGAUCUUCAGGUUCUCCAGUUGUGUGCGGAAUCGUGUCCACUCUUUGCUGCUUGGUUACUGCUGGAUACUGAUGAUGUUGUUUCGGGUGGUGCAACAGGAAAAUUUGGAUUUUCCGACUGCGAUGAAUGCCACUCUUUUCCCUCUCUGCCUUGAGGUCUGGGCAUGGAGUUGGAAUGCUCAUGAGCAGCGAGCGUGUCAGGAAGCGAAGCCAUGAGUAUUAUUUUUCCUUUGGUGAUGAGGAGUGCAUCAUUUUCAUGAGGUUCCCUAACACAGUAGAUGGCCUUUAACUUCUAGCUGGAACUUGCAACCUAUAAAGGCAUCGUAAAUUUUGAAAGGAAGGCAUAUCAGAUUUGCAGUCCAGAAAACAUGUUGUGUUCGAGCAAGAGAUCAUCGUAGCAUUGUCA